AUGCUGGAGAAUGGCUCGCUGAGGAACUGCUGCGAGCUGGGCGGGCGAGGGGGCUUCGGCUUGGCCGGGCGGGAGGCGGCGGCGGCGGCCCGGCGGCCGGCCUGGGUGGGGCCGGCGCUGUCCAGCGUGCUGAUCUUCACCACCGUGGUGGACAUCGUGGGCAACCUGCUGGUCGUCAUCUCGGUCUUCAAGAACCGCAAGCUCCGGAACUCCGGUAAUGCAUUUGUGGUUAGCCUGGCUUUGGCAGACCUGGUGGUGGCCUUGUAUCCAUAUCCACUGGUGCUCUUAGCCAUUUUCCACAAUGGAUGGUCCUUGGGUGAAAUGCACUGUAAACUGAGUGGCUUUGUGAUGGGACUAAGCGUAAUAGGCUCCAUCUUCAACAUUGCUGCAAUUGCAAUAAACAGAUACUGCUAUAUAUGCCAUAGCUUUGCUUAUGACAAAGUGUAUACCUGGUGGAACACAAUGCUAUACGUCUGCCUAAUUUGGGUGUUAACAGUUGUUGCAACUGUGCCAAAUUUUUUCGUUGGCUCUUUAGAGUAUGAUCCACGCAUCUAUUCAUGCACAUUUGUUCAGACUGCUAGCUCCUAUUACACCAUCGCUGUUGUCAUAAUUCAUUUCAUAGUACCUAUCACUAUUGUGAGCUUCUGCUACUUUCGGAUUUGGAUCUUAGUGAUUCAAGUAAGAAGAAGAGUCAAAUCAGAAAUAAAAGCAAGACUGAAGCCAAGUGACUUCAGAAACUUUCUCACCAUGUUCGUGGUUUUCGUGAUCUUUGCCUUUUGUUGGGCGCCACUGAACUUCAUUGGACUAGCUGUAGCUAUCAAUCCUUUGGAAAUGGCACCAAAAAUUCCUGAGUGGUUGUUCGUCGUAAGCUAUUUCAUGGCCUACUUCAACAGUUGCCUUAAUGCAAUAAUAUACGGACUUCUUAACCAGAAUUUUCGGAAAGAAUAUAAACGAAUCCUAAUGUCACUGUGGAUGCCAAGGCUUUUCUUUCAGGACACAUCCAAAGGGGGGACUGAAGGUCCAAAGACCAAGCCUUCUCCUGCUUUAAACAACAAUGACCAAAUCAAAACUGAUACCUUGUAAAUGUGUUAUGGUGAAUGCAAAGAAGUGUCAUUGAGAACUCCAGUGAUGUAACUGUAAGAUUACACUCAUUCUUGCUGACUUUUCUGUUCUUUCAAUUUUAAUGUCAUAUAGUGACUGGAAUACU